GUAAGACAAAGACCCUCGGAUAAGAUUAGUUUACCUUAGGUAUCUCUACCUCUCCCUUACCUCACCAAAGAAAGAGGAGAGAGACAACUCUGUUUGCAACAUCUCGAAACCCUCUUCUCUAUUCCUUUCGACGCUCAACGCGGCACGGGCCCAUAUUUCUUUACCAUGCUCCUCCGCAGUCGAGGUCUCGUUUUAGUUUGCGGCCUGUUGACAGUGAUCCUCUUCUGCUAUUGGGCUGGUAGGACCCCUGAAUACGUUGGACCCCGAUAUGGACACGGCCCUUACAACCACAACCAGAAGCACGGCUGGCCCGUAAAGACUUCGCUGUGGAGGCAAGACCAGGAUGACAACUAUUACUGGAACACCGUCAAAGUCAACUAUCCUCACUCUGCCUUCCAACCACUGCCCACUUCUCCUCCUGUCACCUAUCCCAAGGUCCAAGCCACGUUCCCUGAAUUCUCCAUUAGUACUGCUGAACUGCGACGCGAGCGUCAACAGGCUGUCAAGGCGACCUUCACAAGAUGUUGGAAUUCUUACAGAAAGCAUGCCUGGAUGGCAGACGAGCUCAGUCCCGUCUCGGCUGGCCAGGCAAAUCCAUUCGGCGGCUGGGCCGCUACUCUCGUUGACUCCCUUGAUACCCUUUGGAUCAUGGAUAUGCGCCAAGAAUUCUACGAAGCCGUGGAUGCAGUCGACAAGAUUGACUUCACAGCCACGGAUCUCAAAGAAGUCAAUAUAUUUGAGACUACUAUCCGUUACCUCGGUGGCUUUCUCGCCGCCUUUGAGCUUAGCGAGGAUAUGCGUUUGCUUCGCAAGGCAGUCCAGGUUGGUGAAGUGAUUUACAAGGCUUUUGACACACCCAACCACAUGCCUGUCUUGCGUUGGAAUUUUCACGCUGCCGGGGAGGGUAAAAAUCAGAUUGCUGGCGCUGGUGUCCUCGUUGCAGAGAUUGGAAGCUUGUGUAUCGAGCUUACACGCCUCUCGCAACUCACGGGAGAUGCCAAAUGGUUUGACGCCUCACAGACUAUCAUGGAUCUCCUGGCGGCACAGCAAGAUUCAACCAUGCUCCCUGGACAGUGGCCUCUGAUUGUGGAUGCAAAGAGCCAGAUCUUUAACCAAGGAUCCGUUUUCACCCUCGGUGCAAUGGCUGACAGCGUGUACGAAUACUUGCCCAAGAUGGCAGCACUAACAGGUGGACAACUACCUGUUUAUCAAACCAUGUAUGAAAAGGCCAUGAAUGCAGCAUUAGAACACAAUUUCUUUCGACCGAUGACGCCUGAGAACAAAGAUAUUCUCAUAUCUGGACAAAUUCAUGCCAAAGACAAAGGUGGAAAGAUACAGUUGGAACUCGAGAGCCAGGGACAGCAUCUAGUCUGUUUCCUUGGAGGCAUGCUGGCAUUAGGUGGGCGACUCUUCAACCGCCAGCAGGACGUCGACACUGCAGUCAAACUUACCAAUGGUUGCAUCUACACUUAUGAAGCAUUUCCUCAUGGUAUCAUGCCUGAGACUUUCUAUAUGGUUCCCUGCGACUCCAAGGAGCAUUGCCCAUGGGACGAAAAGCUGUGGAAAGAAGGUGUCCUCAAGCAGGCAAAGAUCAAGGAGGGCGAGGCAGCACAGGCGGAUGCUAUUAUCAAAGACGAGCAUCUUCCCGGCGGAUUUACUCAUAUUCCUGAUCGCCGAUACAUCCUGCGCCCAGAGGCCAUUGAGAGUGUUUUCAUGAUGUACCGGGUCACCGGCGAGAACGAGUAUACCGAGCACGCCUGGACUAUGUUCAAAUCGAUUGAAGAAGCGACAAAGACAGAGCUGGCCAAUACAGCUGUAUGGGAUGUUACUGUUACAGAGGAGAAACCCCGUGCCGUGGACUCAAUGGAGUCUUUCUGGAUGGGUGAAACCCUCAAGUACUUUUAUCUCAUUUUUAGCGACCCGGAGCUGAUCAGUCUGGAUGAAUAUGUAUUUAAUACUGAGGCGCACCCACUGAGACGACUGGUGGCAUGAAGUUUUUAUUGAAGAUGGAUGGCGAUGUUAGAUACAUACACAACAUAUAAAUGAGUAUGAAAAGAGAUGAAUGAUCGAUUGAGUAAGGAAGCGAUAGGGAGCCUUUAAGUGUCCAACCAUGGAGGAAAUAGUGAACAUAAGGCCGGGUGAGUGAUGCAUGUUACAUGGCACUACUGAUAUCUCGGGUGGCGGUUUGCAUUCGAUACCAAAGAUCACCAAGGGAUGUAGCUGGAGUGAAAGAGACAUAAAACAAUAAUCCACAAGUGAAAGAAUUCUUGGGCCAGCUUCAGUGUAGUAAAGCCUAACCUUAGUGUUUAUUUUAACAUCCCCGUUGUUCCAAUUCACUUCCACCCCGAGGCCUAC